CCACCAAAUAUAACUUAAUUUUAAUUCAUGCGUGGAUCUACAUUUAUUUUGAAAGGAUUACGCGAAGGGUUUGUUCCUGCUCGCUUGUCGUAGUAGUCUCGUUUCCAUGGUUACCACAGCAAACAUCACUUGUUCUUAAUUUGCUCUACUCCUAAUGUCAUUGUGAACAGUUUUAUGUCCUAAAAGUCAAAUGUCUUCCAGUCCUGAGCCUCGUGAGCAGGACGAGUUUGAUAAAUUCUUCACCGUGUUUGACGGCUCUUCUCCGGAGGACGUGUCCCAUGCCAGGCAGCUGUGGAGGUCCCUAUCCCUCCUGCCGCCGCUGGAGUCCCGGCUGGUGUCGGCAGAUAUCCGACAGAGGCUGCCAGUGUCCCGGCCGCAGCGCAGCAGCACCGCUGCUGCUGGACCUAACGCCUCCGCCCUGGAGCCGCCGAGUGUCCACGCUCUCCGGCAGAGACAGGAGGAGAGACAGCGGUACGUGGCCAUGGCCGACCAGAGGAGGGAGAUCCUGGCUCUGUUGAGGAGGCAGAGAGAGUUGAGGAUCCAGAGGGAGCUGCUGUCUGUGGACUUUAAACCAAAGAUGUCGACCUGACUUCUUUAAUGAUAUCACAAGCCUGAAGAUCUGGUGUCAGCUAUGAGACCAGGAUGCAUACGGUAGCCUACAGCACUGCAGGUCCUGAACAGUCAGUACGCAGCAGUUUCCUUCAAACAGCAUUACAUAACAUGAAGUGAAGCUUGUGUGGAUAUUCAAAUUCCAAAUAUCCAGUGGAGAAGGCCCAACCAUAAUAGGAUAAGAAGAGGCCUACUGACUGUUGACUUUAACUAAUUUGGUUAAAGUUUUCAAAGCACACGGAGCACACAGAAGCCUGACGUCUAUAAAUGAUUCCUCUAUGUAAUUCAUACUCAAGCAGCUUCAAAGUGAUCUCCAUCUUACAUCUACCUUCAGGACCAACAACCUCCUUCUGUGAUGGUUGUAAUGACUUUAUAGUUUCCUCACUGAUGACGGACAGCAUGAUUAACUUUAGCUUUAACUGGAGUUUUAAUUGGAGCAGCUGUAAGUUUAGCUAGAGCAAGAUAUCAUUAUAGAUUCAGGAGGACAUUUUUUAUAGACCCAUUUAAAGCAAAGUUUGUAGUCUGCAUAAAACAGGAACAGUUUUCCAGUGUAGAUUGGUAUCCGUUAUAAUAACGUGUUCUAAUAUGGAGAAAAGCAAACACACACAUUUUUUAAUUUGAUCCUUGUUCAGGAUUUUUUCAGCACUGAAGUGACCUUUUGUCAUUGUUUUCAUUUCAUUAAAGGAUAUAUUUGGUGAUAUUCUAUAUUUUUCUUUCCCACUAACAAGUAUUGUGUGUUUAUGAAAGCCUGAUAUCUUCUUACUCUGGGGCAUAGAGCUCCAUCGUUUCCAAAAACCACAAGAAUCCACAGCCUGCAGCACCUAUGUGAGGCUGUAAUUAGCCUUUAGCUCAAUGCACCGCUGUGCCUAACAUCAUCAUGCUAACGCGCUCACCAUGACAGUGCUGAGAAGCUGAUGUUUAGGUUGUACUUAGGCACAGUGGUAUAGAGCUAAAUGCUAACACCAUCAUGCUAACAUGCUCACAUGCUGAUGUUUAUCAGGUGUAUUCAUCAUGUUAGCCGUCUCAGUUUAGCAUGUUAGCAUGUAAACAUUUUCAGACCCUCAGACUGAAAGUCUCUUCAUAAUCAUCUUUUGCAUCUUUGUGGUCAUUUUGUGGUUGUUUGAUUAACAACAAUAAAUGUUAACAGUUACUUUAAACAAAAGCUCUGGCCCAUUGGUCCCCUGACCUCUUGACCCCUGUUUUGCAGGUAAUAGGUUGUAGCCUUUUUAAGCCUUUUGAGAUAUUUCACUCUGGGCCAAAGUCGUGGACCAACCAGCUAAUAUUCCCAUCCCCAGAAUGAGCCACACUAUUGCACUGGGUGACAUGUCCCAUCAUUACCAUGAACACACACACACACACACACUGUAGUUUAUUGUGACUCAGUCCCACACACACCAUCCUGCUGCUGUAAACACACACUAGUGCACCACAUGUGGAUUAAACACACACUCCUAACUGGAUCUCCAGAGCACUGAAGCUCUUUUCAUGCAUUUGGAGGUUGAGAGCAAGUCUUAAAAUGUUGGAACAUUUAUGCAUGGCAAUUAGUUUUAUUUCUUAAAAUAACAGCAAAAAUUAUAUAAUUCUUUAAGGUCCCGUAUUUUACACAUUUCUGGUGUUUUAUUUGAAGUGUUGAUCCAAGAAGAUAUAUUUGUGCUUUUAAAUACCAGCAAACAUCUCAAUGGUUCUGAGCCUUUCUUCUGAUUGGCUGACUGUUUUCUGAGUGAUCAAAACCUGCUUCACAUCCUGGAUUGUGGAUUAUCUGACCAGAUGACCACAGUACGUCAGGCUGGGUAACUGUGUCUCAGGGACAGUGAAGAGCAGCACUGGGGGGCCACAGGGGACUGUUCUGGCUACAUUCCUGUUCAACCUGUAUACGGCCGACUUUAAAUACAACUCUGAGUCCUGCCACAUCCACAAAUACUCGGAUGACACAGCUAUUGUGGUGCGUAUCAGGAACGGGCAGGAAGUAUCUGAUGACGGCCUUCAGUGAAUGGAGCAACAAAACCUCCAAGACCAAGGAGAUGGUCAUGGACUUUCAGAGGUCUAGGCCCACCCGUCAGCCAGUCAACAUUCAAGGGAAGGACAUUGAGGGGGUGCAAACUUAUAAAUACCUAGGUGUGCACCUGGACAGUAAACUGGACUAGUCCCUGAACACAGAUGCCAUCUAUCUAUAUAUCUAUCUAUCUAUCUAUCUAUCUAUCUAUCUAAAUAAAUAAAU